CGAAAUGGUAACUUCUCACAUUAUUCAAAUAGUAACCAAUCAAUGAUAUCAAUGUUGAUGAAGUACUUAAGGGAUUAUCAGCAGUAGAAGGAGCUAAUGGUUUUGUUAUAUUCAAUUAGGAUUGUAUUUUAACUUAAUAAUCAUCUAUUUUAGGUAUUCCAUUGAAAAGAUCAGAAAAAAACAUUACUUACGAAAAAGCUGUUCACAUGUCAGCUUUGGUUGCUGAUUUAUGGAAUGUUACUAAAAAAUGCAUCUAAAGAGAAUUAAGAAGUUAAGAUGUAUUAAAAUAUAUUAAUUUUAUUAGAACGAUCUUGAAAUCAUUAGAAUUAGAACUAAGGCAUAAUCAGAAUACAUUAUUUCUUAAUGUAUUUAUAUAUAUAUCAAUUAGAGGGUGAUUAUACUAUGAUUGGAAUACAAUUAUGUGGCAAAGCUAUCGAAGAAGCUAAAUUAGCUGCUGCUGCAGAAGCAUAGGCUGCAGCUGAAGCAGACAAAGCUAAAAAAGGAGAUAAAGAAUAAAGUUGA